AUGGCGGGGGCGUUCCUUGCCAGAUCGGGGCAGCUUGUAGCCGCUGUUUCUUUUGCAUAUGCACUUUCUAUUGCUGUUGUCAUUUCAAAGGAGAUGUCAUUUCGUAGCAUAGUCCGUGAUGUUAGGGAUGGGUUCGGCAGCUUGUCGAGGAGAAGCUUCGAGGUGACCCUCGCAAGCAUUUAUGGCCUUACUGGGCAUCACAAAGGGAAGACCCAGAGCUCAUCACAUGUCGUCGACGACUCACCUUCCAUAAUUCGUGAAAGUCGCUGGGCGAAUCUACCUCCUGAACUCAUCCGUGAUAUCAUACGGAGACUGGAGGCUGAUGAGAGCACCUGGCCAGCACGGAAGCACGUCGUUUGCUUCGCAGCUGUUUGUAGGACAUGGAGGGAGAUGUGUAAAGAGAUUGUGUUGAGCCCGGAGUUUUGUGGGAAGCUCACCUUCCCUGUGUCUCUAAAACAGCCUGGCCCUCGAGAUGGAAAUACAAUGAUUCAGUGUUUUAUAAAGAGGAAUAAGUCAAAAUCCACCUACCAUCUCUACCUGUGCCUUAGCAACAUUGUUACUUCAGAAAGUGGGAAAUUCCUCUUAGCAGCUAAAAGACACCGCAAAACCACAUGCACCGAGUACACUAUAUCAAUGGAUUCUGGCAACAUCUCAAGAUCAAGCAGGACCUACAUUGGAAAAAUAAGGUCGAACUUCCUUGGCACAAGGUUUUUAAUUUAUGAUUCACAACCCCCCUAUAAUGGAGCUGUAGUUCCUCCUGCCGGAAGGACCAGCAGGAGGUUCAACUCCACAAAAGUCUCUCCAAAGUUGCCUUCUGUUAGUUACAACAUCGCACAGGUGUCAUAUGAGCUCAAUGUUCUUGGCACAAGAGGUCCUAGGCGGAUGCGUUGCAUCAUGCACUCCAUACCCGCCUCAUCAGUGGAGCCAGGUGGCAUAGUGCCUGGACAGCCAGAGCAGAUUGUACCUCGAGCUCUGGAGGAUUCAUUCCGCAGCACGGCUUCCUUCUCGCAGUCGUUCCGUAGCACCACCUCAUUGUCCAAGUCCAUCAUGGACUCAUCCAUGGAUUUCAACAGCGCUCGCUUCUCUGACAUUGCUGGCAGCAGUGCUCGCUUCACGGGCAUUCCUGGUAGCAGUGCGCGCUUCACGGGCAUUCCUGGCAGCAGUGCUCGCUUCUCUGACAUUGCUGGCGGCAGAUUGGACAACGAAGAGGAGAGUGAAACCAAGGAGAGGCCAUUGGUGCUUCGUAAUAAACCGCCUAGGUGGCAUGAACAGCUGCAGUGCUGGUGCCUCAACUUCCGUGGCCGUGUGACAAUUGCCUCGGUGAAGAACUUCCAGCUGAUUGCCGCGACAACCCCACCACCUGCAGGUGCUCCAACCCCCUCGCAGCCUGCUCCAUCAGAUCCAGACAAGGUGAUUCUUCAGUUUGGAAAAGUGGCAAGGGAUAUGUUCACAAUGGACUAUCGCUACCCUCUCUCGGCUUUCCAGGCAUUUGCCAUUUGUCUGAGCAGCUUUGAUACAAAAUUGGCCUGUGAAUAA